UACACACACGUAGAGCCUCCAGUCCCGUCGCUCCACUAUAACGGAUUGUAACGUUUUUUUGUGUUGCUCAAGAGCGGAACUUCAGAACAAAUAACACUGCCCGCGAUGAUGCCCGGAGGAGAAGUUCAAAAGCCGUUAUCUUCAAGAACCUGAUUAGUUUUUUGGGGCAUAGCUUUGUGUUUUGAGGGACCCUCCGGAGAGACGCAAGAGUUCAUACAGUGAACAGUUUGGACCUCACAGGCUGCUGGACAGCUUCUCCUUUCCUGGGCAGUCCCUGCCUGGGUCUCUCUUUCACUAAACACACACACACACGCACACGCACACACACACACACACACACACACACACACACACACACACACACACACCACACAGCUACAACACACCUGGCAGACUUCCUUGUUUCCUUCAAAUCCCCUUCCUUCCCCUCGUGUGUCUCCUCCUGUAUCGCCAUGACAGACUCUCAGAGGUUCCUAUUGGUCCUCUGCCUGGUAGGCGUGUCCACCCUGCUUUCUCAGGCCGCCACUCACAGCAGCCACCCAUUCCCCGGCCAGCAGCAGCAGAUGGCCCCGCCCCCGGACCCCUGCUACGACGACUCAGGCACGGCGCGCCGCUGCAUCCCCGAGUUCAUCAACGCCGCCUUCUCCCAGGAAGUGACCGCGUCGAGCGUGUGCGGACGGCCGGCCUCGCGCGCCUGCGUGCCCUACGAGGGCCGCGUGCCCCUCACCACUGACCAGCGCCACCCGGUGGUGCGCUCGUGCCACGUGUGCGACGCGGCCGACGCCCGUCGUGCCCACCCGGCCUCCUACCUCACCGACCUCAACUCGGCCCACAACCUCACCUGCUGGCAGUCGGACAACCUGGCGGGCGCGCACAACGUCUCGCUCACGCUCUCGCUGGGCAAGAAGUUCGAGAUCACCUACGUGAGCCUGCAGUUCUGCUCGCCCAAGCCCGACUCCAUGGCCAUCUACAAGAGCAUGGACUACGGCAAGAGCUGGCUGCCCUACCAGUACUACAGCUCGCAGUGCCGCCGCGUCUUCGCCAAGCCCAACAAGGCCGCCAUCACCAAGCAGAACGAGCAGGAGGCGCUCUGCACCGACGUCCACCUGCAGGGCGAGUCGCACGCGGCGUCCGGCGGAGGGGGCAGCGGCGGCGGCGGGGGUCUGAUCGCCUUCAGCACCUUGGACGGACGGCCCUCGGGGAAGGACUUCGACGGCAGCCCCGUGCUCCAGGACUGGGUGACCGUCACGGACAUCCGCGUGGUCUUCACGCGGCCCCAGCUGGGCUUGGAGGACCCGGUGGCGUCGGUGUCCGGCGGCGCGGCGCCCACGUACUUCUACGCGGUGGGGGACUUCCAGGUGGGCGGCCGGUGCAAGUGUAACGGGCACGCCUCGCGCUGCAUGCGCGACCGCGACGCCAAGCUGGUGUGCGACUGCAAACACAACACGGAAGGGCCAGAGUGUGACCGCUGCAAGCCCUUCCACUACGACCGGCCCUGGCAGAGAGCCACUGGCAGAGAUGCCAACGAGUGCCUGCCGUGUAACUGUAACCUGCACGCGCGGCGCUGUCGCUUCAACAUGGAGCUGUACAAGCUGUCGGGCCGUAAGAGUGGUGGUGUGUGCAUGAACUGCAGGCACAACACGGCCGGCCGCCACUGCCACUACUGCAAGGAGGGCUUCUACAGGGACAUGGCCAGGCCAAUCACUCACAGACGCGCCUGCAAGGCGUGUGACUGCCACCCGGUGGGAGCUGCUGGUAAGACAUGUAACCAGACAACGGGCCAGUGCCCCUGUAAGGACGGAGUCACCGGCAUCACCUGCAACCGCUGUGCCAAGGGCUACCAGCAGAGCAGAUCACCUGUGGCCCCCUGCAUUAAGAUUCCAGUUAUCAGCCCUACAGCAGUUGUCAGCAGCAGCAGCACAGAAGCAGAAGAAUCUGCAGACUGUGAAUCUUACUGUAAACCUGUGAAGGGAAAUCUGAAGAUCAACAUGAAGAAGUACUGCAAGAAAGAUUAUGCCGUGCAGGUGAACGUGCUGGACAUGCAGACGGUGGGGGACUGGGCCAAGUUCACCGUCAACGUGGUGUCCGUGUACAAGAGCCGCGGCGAGCCGCUCAAGAGGGGGGACAACCUGCUCUGGAUCCACAUGAAGGACCUGGCCUGCAAGUGCCCGCGCCUGCAAAUGAGCAAGCGCUUCCUGGUGCUCGGGACCACUGAGAACACGGGCAGCAACGCGGGGGCGGGCUCCACACCGGGGACGGGACUCCUUGCCGACAAGAACAGUCUGGUCAUCCAGUGGCGGGACGUGUGGACGCGGCGGCUGCGGAAAUUCCAGCGCAAGGAGAAGAAGGGCAAGUGCAGCAAAGCAUGAUGGGAACUGCCCCCACCAUUCGACCUUCAGACUUUCUGACCCCUACCAAUCCCCACAGUGACCUUUGACCUCUCUGCCCCCUCUCCCUCCCUGGAGCACAUUACAGAGGCUGUAUGUCCCCUGGCUGUGUGGGACCACUAUGUGUAUAUUGUAUUAUUAUUUGAACUAUCUGUUUCUUUUCUACUGGUCUGCCUUGUAAAGGGACCAUAAAAAAGGGGAAGACGUGUGCGCCACGACUCUCGACAACGACAGUGAAAUGUCCACUUUUGCUCUCCCCUAGUCCCACGUGUAGUCCCUUAAGACUUGACCCCACUCCUUUCCCCUCUAAGCCAACGCUGAUGGGCUAGUCUCAUCAAACAAUCACCGCACCCUGGAUGCAUGACCUUCCCGAGCCAGGGAUGCGAGCCGAGCGCUAACCUACCCGAAGGAUGGAUUUCUGCACUCACGCCCACCUGCUGGAGCCCCGACCAAUGAAACGGCACAACCUGUGUUCUACUGCCUCCUCUGCUGUUCACUUCCUCCUGCCGCACUCACCUGAUCUCCGCAGUGUCCUUCAAACUCGGUCCUAAUGAGUUCUCUCUCUCCCUCUCUCUCUCUCUCCCUUUCUCUCUCUUUCUAUCUCUCUCUCUGUGAGCCCUUCUCCAUCUAUUCAGCCUUCCCUGGUUCCUUGCGUCUUUAGAACCUUAGUGUUCUAAUACAUGUUCCAACUCGAAAUCUCUCUCUCUCUCUCUCUCUGUGUAUCUGUCUUCCUCUGUAUUUAUAGAACUCCAUGAGGCCUACAGCCUGGACUCCUCGUCCUCCACUGCUGCUUUUCAUCACUGGUGCUCUCUCUCUCUUUCUUUCUCUCUCUCUCUUUCUCUUCCUCUCUCUUUCCCUCUACCUCUCUCUCACUAUCUCUCGCUGCCUGUUUCUGCAGCUGCUAACAGGCUGCUCAAUCACACACCAAACACUCCCCCCAUCUCAAACACACUCAGGCCUGGCUAAGCGAUUCCUCCUUUUGGAUGAUGGAUGCCUCAGACAGAAGACAGGAACCUGAACUGUUAUUGGUUCCCUCUUCAGCAGAACAUCCAGGAAGAAAUGACAUCAUCCUCAGAUAGACAGACAGACUGUUUUUUUUUUAAAAGACUGAUUCUCUUCUCAAUAAGCUCUUCCAAUAGUGGUGCAUAUCAUAUAAACAUAUGAUUACAUGUGAUUCCUUCUAAUACUGCCUACUUUCUGAGUGCAUGAGUGAGUUUGUAUGCAUGAUGCAUAAGGAUGUACAAACUUAAUGAUGAAUGAACACACACACACACACACACACACACACACA